GGUGGGAGCACGGCGGAAGUAACGAUCACUAUGAAGGCCUUGUAUUGUCAGCAGAAUUCACCUGGAGAGGAAAUGAUCUUUGUCUUCCAGGAAAGAGAAAACCUUCCUCCUACAAGAGACAAUGAUGUGAAAGUACAAGUUAGAGCCUGUGCGCUGAGCUGGAUAGAUACAAAGCUUCUGUCAGAAAUUAAACUGGAGAAGGAGUUUCUACCUGUUGGUCGAGAAAUUUCUGGAGUUGUAUUGGAAGUUGGAAGAAAGGUGACCUUUUUUCAGCCAGAUGAUGAAGUGGUGGGAAUUUUGCCCCUGGAUUCUGAAGAGUCUGGUCUUUGUGAAGUUAUUCUAGUUCAUGAGCAUUAUUUGGUUCGUAAACCAGAAAAAGUUUGUUGGGUUGAAGCAGCCGGGACUGUUCGUGAUGGUGUCCGAGCAUACACAGCUUUACACUACCUUUCCCAAGUCUCUCCUGGAAAAACUGUCCUUGUAAUGGAUGGAGCAAGUCCAUUCGGUACAAUAGCUAUUCAGUUAGCACAACACAGAGGAGCUAAAGUAAUCUCUACUGCAUACAGUCCUGAAGAUAAGCAGUACCUGGAAAGGCUUAGACCUCCUGUGGCUCGAGUGAUAGAUGUGUCAACUGGAAAGAUAGAUUUGGCGGAAAGCUGCUUGGAAGAAACGGGUGGCCUGGGCGUGGAUAUUGUUCUAGACACUGGAGUGAAAUUAUAUAGGGCUGAAGAUGAAUCAACUUCAAAAUCACAGCUGCUGCCUCAUAAGCAUGAUAUCAUUACUCUUCUUGGUGUUGGGGGACACUGGAUCACAACAGAAAAAAAUCUUCAGCUGGAUCCUCCAGACAGCCAUUCCUUGUUUCUUAAAGGAGCUACAGUCUCCUUUCUGAAUGAUGAGAUAUGGAACUUGUCCAAUAUACAGCAAGGGAAGUAUCUCUCCAUCUUAGAAGAUAUCAUGGAAAAAUUAUCAAGUAGCAUUUUCAGGCCACAGCUGGAUGAACCGAUCCCAUUGUAUGAAGCGAAAGUUUCUAUGGAAAUAGUUCAGAAGAAUCAAGCAAGAAAAAGACAAGUCAUCCAGUUCUGACACACAAUUUCCUGAUUUCUAAGCCUGUGGAAGAUAAAGAAAUGUAAUGUAUUUGAGAAGUAAAUUAGUGUACACUUUAAAAUAAUUCUGUAACCAGAAUUUAAAGAUCUUUUGUUCCUCAGCACAAAUGGCCUGUGAAGCUCCUGUGACUUCAGGGUUUUUUUUGGAUCCAGCUGGGCAGAACAUUCCCAUCAGCAACUUCUAAAGAGGCAGUCUUGAUACACAAAUCUUGUCUGCCCUGCCCCAGUUACAAAUGUCAGUAAGAUCUACAGGCAAUCUCAGUUGCUGUUGUUUUUCAACCAUAAGAAAUUAAAGGGGGAAAAAAAAGAAUCUG